GAUGACUGAGCUUUUUAUAUUCAGCCACUGGGUGAUUCAACUGUCCAGUCUGCUUCCAAAGCUAGCUCCUCCUUUUCCUUUCCUAGGAUGUCACACCACCUCUCACCACUUGCCUCCUUUCCUUGCCUAGUCCAUUCAUUGGCUAUUCUCUGCUCACACUGAACCUUCAUUUUUCAGCACAAAAUCUGCAUUUUGGGCUUAAAACAGGCCAAGGCUGUGUGUGUGUGUGUGUGUGUGUGUGUGUGUUUAGUUUCAUUUUGUGGAACUGGGUGAUUGAACCCAGGGCUUUAAGCUUGCUAGGAAACUAUCUCUUGACCUAUGGCCUCAGUCCCUUUUUUCAUAUUUUGGUUUUGACACUCUACUUUUUCUCUCCCAGGCUGGCCUUGAACUUGGGAUCCUGCCUUCACUUUCUGAGUAGCUGGAAUUACAGUGUCUAUUACUAUGGCAAUGAUGGCAGGGACUACAGCCUCCUUUCCUAUGAGCAACCAUACCCGGGAAAGAGUGACUGUGGCCAAGCUCACACUGGAAAAUUUUUACAGCAACUUGAUUGUUCAGCAUGAAGAGAGAGAAACCAGGCAGAAGAAAUUAGAAGUGGCCAUGGAAGAAGAAGGAUUAGCAGAUGAAGAGAAAAAGCUACGUCGAUCACAACAUGCUCGCAAAGAGACAGAGUUCUUAAGACUCAAGAGGACCAGGCUGGGCUUGGAUGAUUUUGAGUCUCUGAAAGUUAUAGGACGAGGAGCUUUUGGAGAGGUAAGGCUAGUCCAGAAGAAAGAUACGGGCCAUAUCUAUGCAAUGAAGAUAUUAAGAAAAGCUGAUAUGCUUGAAAAAGAGCAGGUGGCUCAUAUCCGAGCAGAAAGAGAUAUUUUGGUAGAAGCAGAUGGCGCCUGGGUGGUGAAGAUGUUUUACAGUUUUCAGGAUAAGAGAAACCUUUAUCUAAUCAUGGAAUUUCUCCCUGGAGGUGACAUGAUGACAUUGUUAAUGAAGAAGGAUACCUUGUCAGAAGAAGAAACACAGUUCUACAUUUCAGAGACUGUUCUAGCAAUAGAUGCAAUCCACCAGUUGGGUUUUAUUCACCGGGACAUUAAGCCAGACAACCUUUUAUUGGAUGCCAAGGGACAUGUAAAAUUAUCUGAUUUUGGUUUAUGCACGGGGUUAAAGAAAGCUCACAGGACUGAAUUCUACAGAAAUCUCACACACAACCCACCAAGUGACUUCUCAUUCCAGAACAUGAACUCCAAGAGGAAAGCAGAAACAUGGAAGAAGAACAGGAGACAGUUGGCUUACUCCACAGUUGGAACACCAGAUUACAUUGCUCCAGAGGUGUUCAUGCAGACUGGCUAUAACAAACUGUGUGACUGGUGGUCCCUGGGGGUCAUCAUGUAUGAAAUGCUCAUAGGCUAUCCACCUUUCUGUUCUGAAACACCUCAAGAAACAUACAGAAAAGUGAUGAACUGGAAAGAAACACUAGUAUUUCCUCCGGAAGUGCCUAUCUCUGAAAAAGCCAAGGAUUUAAUUCUCAGAUUUUGUAUUGAUUCUGAAAAUAGAAUUGGGAACAACGGAGUAGAAGAAAUAAAAGCUCAUCCUUUUUUUGAAGGUGUAGACUGGGGGCACAUCAGGGAAAGGCCAGCAGCAAUCCCUAUAGAAAUCAAAAGUAUUGAUGACACUUCAAAUUUUGAUGACUUCCCUGAAUCUGAUAUCUUACAACCAGUGCCAAAUACCACAGAACCUGACUACAAAUCCAAAGACUGGGUUUUUCUCAAUUAUACCUAUAAAAGGUUUGAAGGGUUGACCCAGCGUGGCUCUAUCCCCACAUACAUGAAAGCUGGGAAGUUGUAAAUGAAGGUUACCUUCACCCAUAGCCAAGAGAACUCAGGUAGAUACAUCACAAGGCUGGCUUGGAAAUAUGACACUGAAGACUGUGGUGCGUACUGACUACAGAGGAAACACUUCAGGUUUAAGUGUUUCUAGGACUACUACAGGAAUAGGUUGGCAGUGCCAGCUGGCUAUUUUUUAAAAUAUUUUAUUAUUUUUGUUAAUUAUAUUAAGGUACUAGAAUAUAAGGAAUGUACAUCCCUUUCUAAUUGCACUACAUACGUGCAUAUUAAGGUCCAUUCUGCCUGUGUAUGUUGUGGAUUUGAACUGUAACAGCUUUAGUCAGUUCAGGAGAAAUAUAUAUCCUUUAAACCCAGAUAGGCUAACCUAUAAUAACACUGUGGUCCUGCUGAUUUUGCUGGCUUACUGCACAUGUUAUGGGUCUAGGUAAUCAGUAAAAGCCAUCUUCCAUAGUUAGUGAUAGAAUAUUCACCCUGCUGGUUUGGACAUAAUGGUUUUAAGACAUUUAAAAAGAAAUACACUAAUUACAUCUUUAAAAAUAGAAUUUAUUAUCAAGUUACUACAUAAACUCCAUAGUCAGGAGUGACAUGUUUCUAAUAAGAGGAAGUUGUAACACCUUCACUCAAACACUCCACUAAGAUAUUUAAUUUGCAUAUAGAAAUAUUGAUGAGCUUUAUUUAUAUUCAUAGUCUGUAUACUCAUAGGGAAAUAUCCUGUAUAAUAUAAAAUGUAAAGUUGCUUUUCCUGUGA